AUGUCUGCAAGUCCGUCUCCUAGUCCGUCUCCUAGUCCGUCUCCUCGUCCGUCUCCUAGUCCGUCUCCUCGUCCGUCUCCUCGUCCGUCUCCUCGUCCGUCUCCUCGUCCGUCUCCUAGUCCGUCUCCUAGUCCGUCUCCUCGUCCGUCUCCUCGUCCGUCUCCUAGUCCGUCUCCUCGUCCGUCUCCUCGUCCGUCUCCUAGUCCGUCUCCUCGUCCGUCUCCUCGUCCGUCUCCUCGUCCGUCUCCUAGUCCGUCUCCUAGUCCGUCUCCUAGUCCGUCUCCUAGUCCGUCUCCUAGUCCGUCUCCUAGUCCGUCUCCUCGUCCUUCUCCUAGUCAGUCUCCUCGUCCGUCUCCUCGUCCGUCUCCUAGUCCGUCUCCUCGUCCGUCUCCUCGUCCGUCUCCUAGUCCGUCUCCUCGUCCGUCUCCUAGUCCGUCUCCUAGUCCGUCUCCUAGUCCGUCUCCUAGUCCGUCUCCUAGUCCGUCUCCUAGUCCGUCUCCUAGUCCGUCUCCUCGUCCGUCUCCUAGUCAGUCUCCUAGUCAGUCUCCUAGUCAGUCUCCUAGUCCGUCUCCUAGUCCGUCUCCUAGUCCGUCUCCUAGUCCGUCUCCUAGUCCGUCUCCUCGUCCUUCUCCUAGUCAGUCUCCUCGUCCGUCUCCUCGUCCGUCUCCUAGUCCGUCUCCUCGUCCGUCUCCUCGUCCGUCUCCUAGUCCGUCUCCUCGUCCGUCUCCUAGUCCGUCUCCUAGUCCGUCUCCUAGUCCGUCUCCUAGUCCGUCUCCUAGUCCGUCUCCUAGUCCGUCUCCUAGUCCGUCUCCUAGUCCGUCUCCUAGUCCGUCUCCUAGUCAGUCUCCUAGUCAGUCUCCUAGUCAGUCUCCUAGUCCGUCUCCUAGUCCGUCUCCUAGUCCGUCUCCUAGUCCGUCUCCUCGUCCGUCUCCUAGUCAGUCUCCUAGUCAGUCUCCUAGUCAGUCUCCUAGUCCGUCUCCUCGUCCGUCUCCUCGUCCGUCUCCUCGUCCGUCUCCUCGUCCGUCUCCUCGUCCGUCUCCUAGUCCGUCUCCUAGUCCGUCUCCUAGUCCGUCUCCUAGUCCGUCUCCUAGUCCGUCUCCUAGUCCGUCUCCUAGUCCGUCUCCUAGUCCGUCUCCUCGUCCGUCUCCUAGUCCGUCUCCUAGUCAGUCUCCUAGUCCGUCUCCUCGUCCGUCUCCUCGUCCGUCUCCUAGUCCGUCUCCUCGUCCGUCUCCUCGUCCGUCUCCUAGUCCGUCUCCUAGUCCGUCUCCUAGUCCGUCUCCUAGUCCGUCUCCUAGUCCGUCUCCUAGUCCGUCUCCUAGUCCGUCUCCUCGUCCUUCCUCCUAUCAGUCUCCUAGUCAGUCUCCUAGUCAGUCUCCUAGUCCGUCUCCUAGUCCGUCUCCUAGUCCGUCUCCUAGUCCGUCUCCUAGUCCGUCUCCUCGUCCUUCUCCUAGUCAGUCUCCUCGUCCGUCUCCUCGUCCGUCUCCUAGUCCGUCUCCUCGUCCGUCUCCUCGUCCGUCUCCUAGUCCGUCUCCUCGUCCGUCUCCUGUCCGUCUCCUAGUCCUCCGUCUCCUUCUCCCUCGUCCGUCUCCUAGUCCGUCUCCUAGUCCGUCUCCUAGUCCGUCUCCUAGUCCGUCUCCUAGUCCGUCUCCUAGUCCGUCUCCUAGUCCGUCUCCUAGUCCGUCUCCUAGUCAGUCUCCUAGUCAGUCUCCUAGUCAGUCUCCUAGUCCGUCUCCUAGUCCGUCUCCUGUCCGUCUCCUCGUCCGUCUCCUCGUCCGUCUCCUCGUCCGUCUCCUCGUCCGUCUCCUCGUCCGUCUCCUAGUCCGUCUCCUCGUCCGUCUCCUCGUCCGUCUCCUAGUCCGUCUCCUAGUCCGUCUCCUAGUCCGUCCUAGUCCGUCUCCUAGUCCGUCUCCUAGUCCGUCUCCUAGUCCGUCUCCUAGUCCGUCUCCUCGUCCGUCUCCUCGUCCGUCUCCUAGUCCGUCUCCUCGUCCGUCUCCUCGUCCGUCUCCUCGUCCGUCUCCUAGUCCGUCUCCUCGUCCGUCUCCUCGUCCGUCUCCUAGUCUGUCUCCUAGUCCGUCUCCUCGUCCGUCUCCUCGUCCGUCUCCUCGUCCGUCUCCUAGUCUGUCUCCUAGUCCGUCUCCUAGUCCGUCUCCUCGUCCGUCUCCUCGUCCGUCUCCUAGUCCGUCUCCUAGAGAAACUAUCGACUCAGGAGAAACUAUCGACUCAGGAGAAACUAUCGACUCAGGAGAAACUAUCGACUCAGGAGAAACUAUCGACUCAGGAGAAACUAUCGACUCAGGAGAAACUAUCGACUCAGGAGAAACUAUCGACUCAGGAGAAACUAUCGACUCAGGAGAAACUAUCGACUCAGGAGAAACUAUCGACUCAGGAGAAACUAUCGACUCAGGAGAAACUAUCGACUCAGGAGAAACUAUCGACUCAGGAGAAACUAUCGACUCAGGAGAAACUAUCGACUCAGGAGAAACUAUCGACUCAGGAGAAACUAUCGACUCAGGAGAAACUAUCGACUCAGACGAAAGUAUCGACUCAGACGAAAGUAUCGACUCAGACGAAAGUAUCGACUCAGACGAAAGUAUCGACUCAGACGAAAGUAUCGACUCAGACGAAAGUAUCGACUCAGACGAAAGUAUCGACUCAGACGAAAGUAUCGACUCAGACGAAAGUAUCGACUCAGACGAAAGUAUCGACUCAGACGAAAGUAUCGACUCAGACGAAAGUAUCGACUCAGACGAAAGUAUCGACUCAGACGAAAGUAUCGACUCAGACGAAAGUAUCGACUCAGACGAAAGUAUCGACUCAGACGAAAGUAUCGACUCAGACGAAAGUAUCGACUCAGACGAAAGUAUCGACUCAGACGAAAGUAUCGACUCAGACGAAAGUAUCGACUCAGACGAAAGUAUCGACUCAGACGAAAACGAAAGUAUCGACUCAGACGAAAGUAUCGACUCAGACGAAAGUAUCGACUCAGACGAAAGUAUCGACUCAGACGAAAGUAUCGACUCAGACGAAAGUAUCGACUCAGACGAAAGUAUCGACUCAGACGAAAGUAUCGACUCAGACGAAAGUAUCGACUCAGACGAAAGUAUCGACUCAGACGAAAGUAUCGACUCAGACGAAAGUAUCGACUCAGACGAAAGUAUCGACUCAGACGAAAGUAUCGACUCAGACGAAAGUAUCGACUCAGACGAAAGUAUCGACUCAGACGAAAGUAUCGACUCAGACGAAAGUAUCGACUCAGACGAAAGUAUCGACUCAGACGAAAGUAUCGACUCAGACGAAAGUAUCGACUCAGACGAAAGUAUCGACUCAGACGACAGUAUCGACUCAGACGACAGUAUCGACUCAGACGAAAGUAUCGACUCAGACGAAAGUAUCGACUCAGACGAAAGUAUCGACUCAGACGAAAGUAUCGACUCAGACGAAAGUAUCGACUCAGACGAAAGUAUCGACUCAGACGAAAGUAUCGACUCAGACGAAAGUAUCGACUCAGACGAAAGAAUCGACUCAGACGAAAGAAUCGACUCAGACGAAAGAAUCGACUCAGACGAAAGAAUCGACUCGAGGACAAAGAAUCGACUUUGGGGAAAGUAUCGCGAUAUUUACCACUAA